AUGCAUCGUAAGGGAAAAAAGACGAGACGUAACGUGACCACAGCUUGCAGAAACUGCCGGAAAAGAAAGUCUAAAUGUAGCGGAGAACAGCCAAAGUGUGAGAGAUGUUUUCGUCACGGAUUAAGAUGCGAGUAUCCGAAUCUUUCAACAAAGCGAGGACCACCUCGCGGAGCAAGAAACGUUGUUAAUAAAGAAAAUCCAAAAAACAAAUUAGAUGAAAUAACCACGGACAUUUUAUAUGCAGUUGCCACUGUCGCUGUAAAUACAUUUAACUCUUCAAUACCAAAUAUAGAACCUUCAUUUGAUAGUACCCACAACAUGCACUGGUCGUACCCUAAUCACAAUGUGUGUUUCAACGAAAUUCCUGUGCAGUCGCAAAAUCUAUCGAUGUUCACACCGUCUUGUCAGUAUUAUAACGCAGAGCUACAUCUGCCUGAGACAUAUAUCGUUAAUCCCUCCUCUUUAUGA